AUGCCGCGGCUCUCGACCCGCACGAUCCUCCAAGCGUACGCGCAAGACGCACUGCUCCCGCUGCUGCUCCGCGAAUGCCGGACGAUUGACUCGGCCCGCAGCGAACUCCGCUGGCUCCGCCAACACGCGAUCGACCUCACCCAACAACGCAAAGAACAACGCUAUCAACGCCUACAACAAGCCUGCAAAACUGGCCAAGCAUCCGAAGAACCGCAAUCAUUCCCGAAUACACAACCCCACCGAAAACCCACGCACCGCCACCCGCCCGAGAAUGCCCCCCCAAAGGGCUGGCGCCGCACGCUGCGCACCCUCUGCCACGCCCGCUCCCGCGGCACUCCGCUGCAAUAUCUACUCGGCGACCAACCGUUCGGCGACCUGACCAUCCUCUGCCAGAAGGGGGUCCUCAUCCCGCGCAACGACACCGAGACCUUCACCUACGCCGCGGCCAAGCAGAUCCGCCAACAAUUUCCCCCUCCCAAACCCGGACCCAACCCCGCCUCCCCACCACCAUCGUCAUCCCCAUCCCCAUCACCUCCUCCAAAAACCCUCCGGAUCCUCGACCUCUGCACCGGAACAGGCUGCAUCACCCUCCUCCUCCACGCCCUACUCUCACCAAGCUACCCCUCCCUCAAAAUCGUGGGCAUCGACAUCCACCCGCCCGCGAUCCACCUCGCGCAAAAGAACCUGCGCCACAACGUCACGCUCGGCGACCUAUCGGCCCGCGCAUCCCAGGAAGUGGAAUUCCGGCGCGCAGACCUCCUUCCCUGCAUCCCGGAAUUUUGCCCCCGCUCCCGCUCCCGCGCCCAAGAUGCAUCAAAGCAGAACGGGCAAAUGGGGAUGGAAGGGGAAGGGGAAGGGGAAGGCGAAGCAGAGGUUGAAGUCGACGUGAUCAUCUCCAAUCCGCCGUACAUCUCCCGGACGGCAUUCCUGGAUGGGACGACGGCGCGGAGUGUGCGGUUCCAUGAGCCGGUUUUGGCGUUGGUACCACCUUCUCCUGUUUCGGAGAAAGGCAUGGUGGAGGAGGAAGAUGUGUUCUAUGCGCGGAUUGUCGGGUUGGUGGGCAGGGUUGGGGCGAGGAUGGUGGUGUUCGAGUGUGGGGAUUAUGAGCAGGGAGGGCGGGUG